UUACUUAGUAUUUAGAGGCCACACACCCUAUAGUUUAGCAUCCUAAAAUAGACAAGUACAGGAGAGGAAGUUUGGGUGAGCGCACACUGUAGUGUGUCAUCGCAUUAUGUAAACAUUCUUGCUGUGGCACUCUCAUUUUCUUGUAUCCCAGCUUGAGUUAAUGUGCGCCCACAGUAAUCUGAGUGUUGGCGAGCAGGAAGUGAUGCUGUUACCUUAAUGAAGAGUCAACCUGUUAAAUAGCGCUUUCUCUAGACAUUCCAUUAAAUUCAGUCUAUAGCUUCAGCUGUAAACACUUGUUCAUUUAGUCGAUCUCCUCUGCUUUCUUGGACUUUGCAUUUGGACUAAAAGAAGAGCAAGAAUGAAACCUGCCAUACUGAUUCUAUGUCUGCUGGGAGCAGCCUAUGCUAAUCCAAUCUUGCAUAAAAUGGCUAUGGAGAUGAUUCAACAUGCAUCCAACUCUUCGGAAAGCUCUUCAAUAUCUGAAUCCUCCGACCAGAGUAAUACCUCAGAACCUUCAGAAGAGAAGUCUAAGGAAAAUGCCUCCGACAGCAAUAGCUCAGAAUCGCUUGAAUCUGACUCGGAUGAAACGAUCUCUAAAGAGAGCGAAAGCCAUUCCGUGGAAAGCCUGAUUGGAAAAAGCGAGACUGCACUGACAUCGGAUAACACUCAAAGCAGUAAAGAGAAUGUCCGUAGGGGCUGGAUCUACACCCUCAAAUGGGUCCAUACAAACAACAGCAACAAAGUGGAAGCGACCAGCCAGCCAGACAUCAAAUCCACUAGUGAUGUGUCAAAAAAAAGCGAAAGCAGUGAAUCAAGUGAAAGCCAGGAAACAGUUGUUCUGAGCACAAAGGAAGAGAAUAACGGUGCCGACACAAGUGAAAGCACUGAGCACAGUCAUAGUGUUGAAGGUGCUGAGUAUAGUACAAGCAACAGCAGCAGCAGCAGCAGCAGCAGCAGCGAAAGCACUGAGUCCAACAGCAGUGCAGUGGAGAGCGAAAGCCGCUCAACUGAGUGCCCUCCCGGGGCUGACAGCCAAGAAUGUGACAGCGAGGAAGACUUUCCUCAGGAUAUCGGUGAUGAUGGUGCAACCGACCCUUUCAAUGGCUUCCUAAUGCCUGAUUUCACUGAGCCCUAGCAGCAGUUUAAGACAUGAUCGUCUGACUCAAUGCUCUGAUAUCUGCAAGUGGAAAUCCCAGGAAUAUUAAAAUGGGAAUGUUCUAAGGAAAAUAUUUUAAGGACGGUAUGUAAGGAAAUUGAUGUAAUAGUAAUAUAAACCGUUAAAUAAAUGUUAAUAAUAACAUUUUUUUAAGGUACCUCAGUCUAGAUCAUUCUUAACUUAAAAUUAAAAAUAUAUUAUAGGCAUACGUUGAUAUUUAGUUUUUAUACUUUACCAUAUUGUUAACACUUUACAGUCUCAUUUGUUAACAUUAGUUAAUGCAUUAACAAACAUGAACUAUAAAUGAGCAAAUAUAUUCUUACGGCAUUUAUUUACCCUUAUUAAUGUUUAUUGACAGUGCAUUAACUAGUGUUCAUCUUAAAAAUGUAUUAAAAUUGUAAAAUUCUUGUAUUGUUCAUUGUUAGUUCAUGUUAACUAAUGCAGUUAACUAAUGUUUAACAAACGAAAAGUUAUUGCAAAGUGUCACCGAAUUGUGUGCAGAAUGUUUUUUUUAUUAUUAUUUAUAGAUUUUAUAGUCAUUUAUUUUUACUGUUGGUAUUAACCAUUUUCAAAUAAAGUAAAG